CCGGCCACCCAUGACUUGACGUUGACGUUGUUUUGCAUUGUUGUAGUGUAGUGUAAAUAAAAAUAAAAUAGUUUUUAGAUUAUAGAAAAGUGGAAAUUGGAAAAUGAAAAUUAUCUGCUUCUCAUUCAAAUAAAAGUGUCCUAAUAAUCACUAUUUGAUGAGAUUUACUACCGAAAAUAAUAACUCAUAGGAAUAAACAGAUUUUGGUGGGAGCAAAAUGGAAGGAAUCACAGAGUUACACAUAGCCAACAAUAUAAAAGACCUUAAUAAACUCGCUUACCCGGAAAAACUAGGAAAGAAUCCGAAAUCAUUAGAAAAAGCAAUGAAAAAUUUAUAUCAGGAAAUUAUCAGAGAGACAUCCGACCAAGAGAAAUGUUAUAUCCACUGCCUCAGAUAUUUGUAUUGUAUCAAUACUCUCUGUAGGAUAGCCGAUGGCAAUUACGUUAAUGCAAUUUACGCCCACGAAAUUGCUAGAGUUAGCGAUCGGUUAGAAGAAUUAAGGCCCGAAUUACUAAAACGAUAUCAGUUAGAGCAAUUGUCAGUGAAGAAAGCUGUAUCAAACAAGAAAAUCUUCAACAAAGAUUUGGAGCUAAAACUGAAUGUAACUAAAAAAUUAUUCCCUGAUAAAAGUAUUUCUGUUAAAGAUUUAUUUGAAGCUAUCCAUGAAAACGCUAACAUUCUAAUAGUCGAUAUAAGACCAGCGAAUGAAUAUGCAGAAUCAAAAAUUAAAUUUGAAAAUAUCAUAAAUAUAUCUGAGGAACUUAUUGGGGCCGGUCUAUCAGCAAAUGUUUUAGGACAGAAACUAAAAGAUGAAACACAAAAAUUAUGGGAUAAACGAGACACUUUCGACGCCAUAGUUUUCUUAGACUGGAAUUCCAACUGUGACAAUAUGACAUUCUCGAAAUUAAAAUAUAUAAUUGAUUCUGUUGUAGAAUGGGAUUUGUUACGUUCCUAUAAGCAACACCCAGUAGUCUUAAAUGGAGGUUUCAAAGAAUUUUUGGAUAGCUACCCUGGCACGGUGACAAAUGUUCAUAUAAAUUUUAUAAGAAACAAUGAAGAUAUUGAUGAAUUGCUUGAGUUAGAUAGUAUCUCUUACCCAGAACCAGAUCAAAAUGUGCCAAUAAUGCCUUUGAAAAUGCAUUCAAUUGAAGAACUAGAAGAAAGUACUUCAAUGGAAUCAGAUAAAGAUGUAGACGAUGAUACCAGUGAAGCUCCCAUUUUGCCGCAAUUUAAUAAAGAUGAAUUUGCGGCGGAUGUAGAUGAUAAGCCGUUCAUCUCUGAAAUUAGAAGGACUAUCGAAGAAGAGAAGAAUAGAUUGUUAUUGGAAGCAAGAGAGAAAAAGAAAAAGGAGCUGAUUUCUUACGACAAUAAGAAUACUAUUUUUGAAGAACAUGAGGAUAAACCUGAGGUUCCAGCGAAGAGUAUCCCGCCUCCUAUCAGGAGAGAAACAAAACCAAAAAAGAGUGAAACCCCUACCGCCGGUUAUUGCGGCUUAAAAAACAUACGAAACACAUGUUACAUGAAUACUGUGCUCCAAUGCUUGAAAUGCAUACCAAUUAUCAGAAGAAUGAUGCAUUCGGACUUAUCAAACCGAAUCACCAGGAGAGAUCCACGUAUAAUUACAGAAUUUGUUAAAGUUAUCCAAUCCCUUUGUGAAGGCGCAGAAAAUGACAGGAAAGUGUUUCGUCCCACUGCUUUUUAUGAGGCUGUCAGCAGACUAGAUCCAUUAUAUUCAAAAGGCAACCAUGAAGAUUGCAUGGAAUUUUUCAUAUUUUUAUUCAACCAACUACAUGAUGACUGUGCAUUUGAUUUACGCAGACAAACCGGUGUGAUGCUCGAAAGGACAAAAUCUUGGUAUACUCACCUGCAAGGUAGGACAUCCUUCUGGGUAGAUUUGUUUUACCAUCAAUUCAAAUGUACCAAAACUUGCUUAGUGUGCAAAGCAACUGUGGACUCAUAUGAAACGGAUAAUUCAUUUAUGCUACCAGUUCCUCAUGACCCAGGCGUACGAAGUGUGCAGCUAAAACACCUUAUCAGCAAUUAUUUGCAAGAUAAUCAAAUAUUGGACUAUAAAUGUUCCAAGUGUAAAAAUCUGGGGGUAAUAAACACGAAAGAAAUCACCUUGGCUCCAGAAAUUCUUGUGUUAAUCCUAAAAAGAUAUUUCCGAGACGAAUAUCAGGAGAUCAAAAAAAAUUCUGUUCCAGUUGAGUUUGAUUUUCAAUUCAAAUUUGGAAACUCCCUUUAUAAGCUGUUUUCUAUUGCUGAGCAUAAAGGUACAAUGAAUCAUGGCCAUUAUAUCGCACACGGACUUAUAGAUAAAUCCACUUGGGUCGAGUUUAAUGAUGAGAGGGCAACAAAAUACUAUGGCGACUGGAGUGACGUUUCUGAGCACGCUUGUGCUUUUUUUUACUGUAAAGAUAAGAGUUAGAAGAAGGUUUA